CUCUUUUUCCCUCACACACAAAACCUCUCUCCCUAUCUUCAUUUCCAUAUAUUCAAAUUCAAAAAACCAAAUAAUAAUAAUAAAUAAAUACUAGUAAUAAUAAAUAAUAAAUAUAAUAAUUAGAAAAGAAACGUUACCUGACUUGAGUCUGACCUACCUGAACUUGGUCAUCAGUCUUCCUUCAAUGUCAUCAUCCGCUUCUUGUUAGUUAGGUUUCAUUUUCCGAUCUAACCAUCAUCAUGGGUUGCCUCUUCACUUGUUUCAGAAUCCGCGACGGCGAUAACAACAACAAACGCCACCACCGUAAAACCACCGCCACUUCCACCACCACCACCACCGCCGCCGCCGCCGUGCCUUCUCGUCACAACAAACGCAAUCAGGAUGAUGUGCAGUCUCGAAAUCAGUUGUCUACCUUGUUUCUAUCAGAAGAGGGAGAAGACAAUGUGCGCCAUAAUGGGAGGAAUCUUGAUGAAGGAUCUCAGAGAGAUAACAUGGAGCUUAAAGAUGAGGCAAAGUUUCUAAAAGCUUGUGGUACCAUAGCAGGUACCCCUGGUGAAAUUCGUAAAGCAACGGAGAAACUAAAAGUGUCACCUUCUUCUAAUAAAGAUCCGGGUCCUCCAGAGUUUCGUUCUUGGCUUCUUGAUACAUCUACUCAGAAUGUUCCAAUUGACGUCCAACCAUUCAAUCCACCAACUCCCAAAAAACAUUGUGAAGAAUGGGAAAAAGGAACAGAUUGUUCGGAUCACACACCUAGCAGCUGUAUCUCCAAUGCACACAAUAAUACUCAAUGGGAAUAUCAUGACUCUGCGGAAGGAAGUGGCCAAGGAAGCUAUCAUCCUACCGAUGGGAGUGAAAUGAGUAGGGGUAGGAACAAGUCAGUGCGUUUUGACUGUGAUACUGAUGUUUCUUCCUGUGAGUCAUCGGCUUAUAGUGGAUGGCAUAUGAAGAGAUCAGAGUCACCAAAUCCCACCCCAAUGAAGAUAUCUGAAGUGAUGCAAACUCCUGGGACUGUUUACCCUGCUAAUUUAAAAGACUUGCCAAAUGGUAAGCUAGUUAAAUCCCAGUUUGUGUAUCCAAAUAGCAGCCUAAGUGAGGAUGUCUCUAAGAGCAUGAUACUUGAGGAAGAUGAUUCUGUGCAAGAUUCAAGGAAGCUGAGCGAAUCAACUGAGCAGUCUCAAAAUGCAACUUCGACACCAGAUAAAAAUGAAGCUAUCAUGGAAGAAAGCUUGUCUUCUUGGUUGAAGCCUGCAUCUGUGAUAUUGGAGGAGAGAAGAAAGAAAAUGGAGAUGGGUUAUUAUCAGGUCCGCAAAACUCCUGCUGACAGGCCCAUCAUUGGGAUGGUUGCUGCACACUGGAAUGAAGAGGAAAAUUCUGAUGUUCCUCCCAAGUGGUGGGAUGGCAAUGGCAUACCAAAUUCAACCAACAAAUACAAAGAAGAUCAGAAAGUGAGCUGGCAUGCUACGCCGUUUGAAGAAAGGUUGGAGAAGGCAUUAUCUGAGGAUACUGUCAUCACUCGAAGGAAGGAUAUAUGCGGAAAACCAAUUGCUUUUGAUGAGAAUGAAGAAAGUGAUACUGCACUGUCUCAGUUGAAACCUUCAACUCAUACACAGUCCGUGGUAUCAUUUUGAUAUCUAUAAUUGUCCUUAUCACUCUGUGGUAUAAGAGAUAUAUAUUUCGUGUUUAAGUCCCAAUGCAGUGCUGAAUGGUUGGAACAAGCACAUUACAUUAUUCAAAUUUUGUGAUAAUUAAAUUGCCCACUUGUAUUGUACAUAAUUGUCGAGGAUUGUUGGGUUAAAUAUUGGCCAUUGGGAGAUCGGUCAUUAUUAGUUGAAAAAUUUGAAGUUGUUCAA